CGCCGCGGUCGACGUGGGGACUUGUGUCGGGCCGCUGCCACUCAUCCCGGGCGCUCUCGAAGCGGGACGCCCCAGUGUCACGUGGAACGCCCCUCGCCCUCCGGUGCGAUCCAAGCGCUCGACGGCCUUUGUGCCUCGUGCUCGGACUCGAAGCAGCCCCGAUCUCGUCCAAGUGACAGUGAUUAUUGUGAAAACAGCUGCGAGACGAAAGUGUGAGCCUUUGUGCUGGAGUGGUGGUACCUGAGAGCAAGAGAGGUACGCCGCCGCCACAUGUGUGUGAUGAGAGAGGGUUUCAUCUAACAGGAAAGUUUCGGUCAUUUCACAAAUAUAUGAAUGAAAUAGAUAUCUUGAUAAUGGACAUUCGGAGGGAUUAUCUUGGGUAAAUCUGGAUACCAAAUAGAGAAAAGUAAUCUGACAUGACAAAGGGGAUUCGCUCUGCGUCGCGAUGGAAAAUAAACCGGCCAGCCGAGUUCUGAAAUGAAAAAAGAGCCUCAGAAAAUGACAAUGGCUGCGCGGUCAACAGACAGGUUAACUGCUUGAAGCGGAGCCCCGCCCACCUUGUCAUGCUUGCGAGCACGACGCGAGCAUAAGAGAGCCUCGUGAGACGCGUCAGCAUGUCCAUGUCGCGCUCCAAGUCGCUGCCCGGCGCCAACGGCGACGGCUGGGACGGCGACGACUCCGGCCUGUCUCGCUCCGGGAACUCGGGCGGCGGCCGCGACUCCGGCGUGGUGGUGGUCGCCUCCGACACGCCGUCCUUCGCCUCCGACGCGCGCUCGUCGCUGCUGGGCGACCUGCCGUCGGGCGCGGCCUGCUCGGAGCUGCCGUCCGAGGAGGCGGAGAACGAGAAGCAGGGCACCGAGGACCCCGACAAGAAGGCCACCAUCGGCCGCCACUACUACCCCGAGGGCGGCUGGGGCUGGGUGGUGCUGGUGAUGGCGCUGCUCGUGCACGUGAUCUCGCACGGCGUGCACCAGGCCACGGGCGUGCUCAUCCUGCACCUCGUCAAGGAGUUCCCCGAAGCCACGCUCAUGUCCGCAAGCUGGCUGGGGAGUCUGUCUACCUCGCUGGCCCUGCUCCUCUCGCCCGUGACCAUCGCCGUCUGCAAGAGGAACUCCACCCGCCUCACAGCCGUGUUGGGCGGCCUCAUCACCGCCCUCGGCUGCCUCUUCACCUCCUUUGCCAGCCAGUUCCAUCAGCUCUUCUUCAGCUAUGGGACCGUCAUAGGCAUCGGCGUGGGGAUGACGCGGGACUCCUCCACGCUCAUGGUCGGCCAGUACUUCAAGAGGAGAAGGGAGUUCGUCGAAAUCAUCGUCGUGAGCGGAAGCGGCCUCGGCAUCACGGUUAUGUCGGUCUUCAUACGAGGAGCUAUCGGGUCCAUAGGAUGGCGCCUCGGCCUGCAGGCAGUGACAGGCGUGGUCGUCCUCACCUUCCUGAUGGGGACCUUCUACCGCUCGGCGUCGCUGUACCACCCGCAGCGCCGGGCCAUCCUGCACCUCAAGAACCAGAAGCGGAAGAUCAAGGAGAAGAACCGCACGGACGACACGCCGCCCUUCUUCGACCUGGCCACCCUCAGGAGCCGCACCGUGCAGAUCCUGCUCGUGUCGAUAGGCCUCUCGUCCUUCGGGAUCACCACGCCUAUCAUCUACCUCGCGCACCAGGCGGAGGAGGAGGGCCUGGGAGACACGUCAGUGGUGCUCCUGCAGACGUACCUGGGGCUCGGCUGGGUAAUAGGCUGCUGUGCCUUCGGCUUCGUGGUGCUGCAGAAAAACACCGAGUGCCGCGUCGGCCGGCAGUAUCUGUGCCAAGCCUCCAUGUUCCUGUGCGGCGUGUCCACGCUGGCGUUCACGGCCGUUGAGGGUUACCAUGGCUACGUCCUCUUCGCCUGGCUCUACGGCAUCUUCUGCGGUGGUUUCCAUUACUCCCUGAAGAUGUACACCUACGAGAAAGUACGGGCGCGGAACUUUGCCAGAACAUGGGGCUUCGUUCAGUGCUCCCAGGCCAUCCCCACAGCCAUAGGAGUCCCCAUCACAGGCUACAUCAACAUCGGCUACGGGGACAAGGCCGGCUACUACUUCUCCUCCACCUUCGUCAUCUUCGGCUCUAUGACGAUCUUCCUCAUCGACAUCCACAGGAGAAACGCCGCCAAGCACAAGCACACGCGCAAGUGUCGGCAGCAGAAGAACGGCGCCAACCACACGUGCGUGCGGGAGGCGUGCCCCGAGGCGCGGCGGCGGGACUCCCUCGCCCAACUGGACCUCGAGCCGCCCCACCCGGCCGCCCUCGCCCUCCUGCAGCAGCAGAAGGCCAUUGUGAUCGACACGAACGAGCCUAGGAACAAGCCGGAGCUCACCUGCAUAUCCGAGGAGGGCAUCGCGGACAUGGACCUGCCCGACGACCUGCUGGAGGAGCUCGAGUACCUGGGCGACUGCAUCACCUCGUGCGACAAGGUGGAGAACUACCUGAUGAUGAGCGAGUACGAGAACAACCUGGUCAAGCAGAGUGAGGUGCCGGGCAUCUUGGACAAGAGGCGGAGGCGCAUGCUGUCGCUGACGAAGCAGCAGUCGCUCACGAACAAGGACUCGCCCCGGAAGCCGCUGCGGGCGCUGGAGAAGGCGGGUAGCGCGUCGGGCCACGAGCCGCCCGCGGUGGCCAACCACAGAGCGUACCUGCGGUCCGGCAACAACCGAAGCAUCACCGUGAUCGAGGAGGCGUCGGUCUGAGGUCCGGCCCGCGGGGCUGCCGCGCCUCCCGCCGGCCUCGCCCUCCGCCUCGUUGCCCACCUUGUUAACGUACACAAGCACACGCACACGCACACGCACACUCUCUAGAGGUCCUAGUUUCCGUCUCGUCCGUCAGUUACUCGGCUUCGCAGAUGUUAGCGCGUUUCAAGUUGUGUCAUAGCGUAUACGUAUUUAUGAAGAGAUGUGUAAGUGUCACUUCUCGAAAGCUAGUCUUCCUCAGAUCCUUAACACGGGGCUAUAUCUUCUUUGUUAUCGACUUUGUUGUGGUACUGUCUGUAACGAUCGCGAAAUCCAGUAAAUCCAAACAAGGAUCAAAUUAACUUUUCUAGUCCGAAUCUGUAGGAGCACCACUAGACCUCUGGUUUUCUAGUAAUUUCAUCCACUAACUGAAGCAGUCGAGGAUCGGUUCAGAUUUGUUAUAUUCCAAUUCAAGUGGCGUCUGUUUUUGCACCAUAAUGUUUGAGCGACUAAAGCAUUUCCUCUAUUUUAACACGAAGAAUGACAAUCUCUUGCUCGAGUGUUAAAGCACACUCAAGUUCUUAAUAAUUACAAAAAAAAGUUUAUAAGAAUGUUAUCCAAAAAAUGUCUAUCGCGCCCGAGAAAUCGUAACCCCAACCCAAAGUUGUCUGUUGCUCCCAUGUUGUUUGUUGUUCAAAUAUUGCACCUGCCAUUUGAGGCUGAGCUCGUUCUUACGUGGUGUCGAGGCGGCAUCGUAUGCUGUACGUGCUGCUACCAAAUACCGUUGUAGCGUCCUUUUAGAAGCAAAAUCAGCGACCAAGGUUUGGUAAAAAAUCAUUACAUAUAUUCCUGACUCCACCGCUAUUUCGUCCCAGUGAGAACGUUGCCAUACAAUAUCACUGUCCUCACACGCGGGUGGAAAAUUUCGACUGUGAUGGUAGCUCUGUAAACGCCCCGCGUGAUUAUCUGAAAUACCUCUAUGAGUGAUCUGAAACCAGUUUGUAAGUUAACAGUACUUUACUGUGAAGUGCCACUCGCAGAGAGUACACAGUGCCAACGAUGAUUUGCAUUUCGUGUUACCUACGUAUCUUCGGUGUUCCUAGGCAUUAAUGCAGAUAGUUUUGCUACUUCUAAACAGUGAGAUAACGAAGAAAUAGUACCGAUAACACAGCCCGAAAAAAGUAUUACUGGACACGGUCGCAAAUGUGAUAUCAGGUAAAUGAAAAACUAGGUCGAAGGUCGUACAAGUGUGUCGCUUCGAGCUAAUGAAGGUCACGUCAUUAUCGUUGCAUAUGAUAACAGAUAUCAGUGCCAAAUUGGACUCCAGCAUGAUGGCAGGAUGUCAUGAAUAAACAGUGCUGUUGUGCUUGGCGCCAUGCAGUAUGAAGUUUCAGAGACGUUCUUGUCCAAUAGAAAAUGCUGACUUCAUGUGCAGUGAAAGCCAUUUCAGCAAAAUAGAUCUAAUCGCAUAUUAUGAUGAUUAAUAUGGUCAGUAUCUUAGUGGGUAUGUGAAAUAUUAUUGUCCUUUGUACAGCAUAAAAUAAAGAAAUACAUCGCAGAACACUUUUAAAGACUAUUAUAAAUAGAUUAGAAAACUACUUGUGCAAUUAUGAGUGUUAUGCGUCCUGAUUGUCCUCUGGUAACCAUGGCAACCGAAAUCAACAAGACUGGCCAUCAUGGUUCCUUUACUCAGGUCGAGAUGUUGUGUGUCUCCCAGUGAAGUAGUGAGUGACUCCGUGUGCGGGAUGGCUGCGAAGAUUUGUGAAGUGGUCCUAUGGACUGUACCUAAUGCUAGAGAAAUAUAUGUUAAAAAUGUUAUAUCUUAAUGUAUAAUAAACCUUAUUCGGCAUAUUCUCCCCAGAAAAAAAAAUGAAUAUGAAAAUUUGUUAUGAGUGUAGGCUGAUGAUAAUUUUUUUUCUUCUUCUUUACUGUGAAUUAUCAUAGGUUAAGACUUUUAUUUUCUUAACUAACAGUUCUAGUCAUUCUAUUCCAAAACAUAUGUCUGUGCUAAGAAAUCUCAAUGAAGAUCAUACCAUGUUUAUUCACUUAUUACCUAUAUAACUGAAUGAAGGUUAACAGUGGGGAUUUAUUUGAACUUCUGUGAAGAAUGUAACAGCUGGCGACGCAAUUGGAAGUCACGGUGACAGAAAUGGAAAGGAAAUUGAAAGAUGUCUAACAUCUCCAGUUAUGACAUUUCUCACCUUCUUUUUCACUCUCUGUCGCUUUCUCCCUCCCUCCACUUCUCUCUCUCUCUCUCUCUCUCUCUUUCUCACUCCCUGGCGCUUUCUCCCUCCCUUCACUUCUCUCUCUCUCUCUCUUUCUCACUCUCUGUCGCUUUCUCCCUCCCUCCACUUCUCUAUCUCUCUCUCUCUCUCUCUCUCUCUCUCUCUCUCUCUCUCUCUCUCUCUCUCUCUCUCUCUCUCUCUCUCUCUCUCUCUCUCUCUCUCUCUCUCUAUCUCUCUUUUAUAAUUCUCCUUCCUUGGCCUUCACACAUAAAAGCAGAAAACAGCAGCGGGUUUACUAUUCCAUACAUAAUACAAACCUCAGACCUUUUGGCUAAAAAUGUUAAUCAUAACUAAAGAGUCAGUGACAUGCACCAAUUGAAUUAUUUACGAAUAGUCAGAUGAUUGCCAUGAAUUGCACAUUUACGUUUGAACUAUAUUGCCUGCCACUGUAAGACAGGAAUAAAAUUCUCUCGUUGUCUUUUUAGUAAAUGUCUAAAGAUAACUUUCUUUCGAUCCAAGUUGCAAUGUCCUCAUGUAAUAUAGUGAAAUCAGGAAUACGAUAUAAGACUGAGAUCAUUUUUUUUCUGAUGAUCAGUGCAGAGAGUUUAUUUGCCUUUUUGCCUUUUCAAGUCUACGGUUCUAUCAAUGCUGUUUAAAUAAUAGGUCCAAAAUACAUUCUCCCACCAAGAAUCCCAUUUUCAACGUUCAUUCAAGAUUGUUAUUUUUAUUUACAUAUAAUAACCGCGUACCUUCCUACCCUACCAUCUUCACUCUUAGUGAUGUGUACAAUAUGUACGUCAGUGCGAGAGCAGGCUAGGGUUCUCCCAGCUAAACCGUAACGACCUAAGAUCAUGGGUCGUGAUCUAGGCUCAGACGAGGAUCACAGCAAGACGGCCACUGCAUUCCGAGCGAGUGUGGGUGCAGUGGGAGGGGGAAGAGGGGGUAGGGGGCGAUGUCCGGAACCGAACUGAGCAGAUUAUCGUCUGAUCAGCGUAUUUUCUUGACCCACUUUCGAUUUUCUCUGUUCAGUCGUUUAUGAGGUGUUAUUUGGAAAAUAAAAUAUAAUAGUGUAUGUACUGUAUGUUUUGAUAUUGGUGGAAAUCAUAUAAUUAAUAUGGAUUAACUUGAGAAUUAUAAGUUGAUGUUUGUUUCAGCUUUUACGAAUGAAAAUGCAAAGCUGGUUUCAUCUGUGGCCAGGCUAAUGAAGGUUUAUUUUCUACCCUUGAAGAUUAAUCAUCCCAAUUUAUAAAGUCCCUCACUGCUAAUCCCGGAACUUAAAAAAAGUCCUAAUGAUUUUCUUCAUUAUGCCCAUUUAGCAUAGAGAGGUGAACAGAAAAAAUAUUUGUUGCAACUCUAUUCGUAUCACUUUCUUCGCCUCCAAAGACUCAUGAAUGAAUAUUUCUCUGAUCUCUGUAUCCUAACCCCUGAAUCUCGUUACAGAGGCUUGCACCAGGUAAAUGUUAAUAUAUGAUAUCUUGAAAGAAACGUUGCCAUGAGGUCCUCGUGGCGUAGACUUCCAAGCUGCCAGCAUUGGUCACUGUGCGUGCUGCUUUGAGUGGUAACGUGAUAAUGUUCCCAGAGGCUGACUGCAUUCUCUGUGCUGCCGGCAGUGAAGAUAAAGGUCCACAAUCCAAUGGUUCAAAUACAACGAAAAGUUAUGUGUUCUACUCUUUAGGGCUAAGGAACCUAUUCUGUUUGGCGGAACUAGGUCCAUUUAUUUAUGCAUUUUUGCAUGAAUGUCGCCAGAAAAUAGAAAAAUAGUACAUAAGCUCUGACAUGAGUGUUAUAUGAAGGUAUAUGCAUCACGUUCGGUUUUUCACAAUAAAUGCAUUUUAUUUUAGUGAUGGCCAGGAACUGACUGCGUGAAUGGACUAACGUAGGCUUUAUAAUUACUUUAUUAUGUAGGUAAAAAUGUGAAUGGCCAGAUGGAUGUAGAAUUACAUGGUCUCUUUCUAUACAGGCUGUUUCAAGAACCGUCUUUAAUUAUAGAUUGCAUAUAGCUUUUGUAAGUAUUACGUGUAAGCAUGUACUUUUUUAUAAUAUGUCCUGCAUUUUCUAAGGGCCCCUGCAGUAAGUGUAAACUUAAGGUAGGUACCUCCCUUAACUGUCAACUGUGCGCAGGUACCUUCUUAUGCGUAGAUCACAUGCAGAAGCCUUUCUAGGUGUAAACUGCAAGUUAGCCCUUUCUGAAAGGAGUGUAGUGAGAGGUUCCCAACGGCAGUGUAUUUACCUUUGUUCCAAAUACUGCGACCUAGUCAGGCAUCUCACAAGCUCUGUUUCCAGACCUUCUCUCUGCCUCUUGGCUUCAGACUAAAGUAUAAUCAACAAACCGAGCCUAGGACUAAUUCUUUUGUAAAUGCAUUGAGUCACUGGUGAUUAGACGAUGUACUUGCUAGAUAAGAUGAAUAUAUUUUGUGUAUAUUUGUAUAGGAUGACACGCACAUUGAAAUGAAGUGAUUAGGGACAGUUAUAUUCUCAGGUUGAUGCUGUUGUGUAAGGCUUUUUGUUUGCACGUGUCCUGGUGCUUGCUGAUGAGUAUGUUUAAAAGAAGCAUUUGAAAUUACAGGAAAUAGGAAGGAUGUUGAUAAAUAAUAUACAUUCGUUAUAAAUUUUACGUAAAUUGGUAAGGUAUAUAUUGGAAAUUCUGUUAAGUGGCGGCGUUAUUACAAAAAAAUACGCACGGAUAUGGGACAAAGUUUGUGUAAAGGAGUUUGUCGAGUAAAGCCAGCGUCAGGCGGAGCAUGAAAGCGCGAUAAAAACACUUUCUGUUCUUUCCUUUGGUUCCCUUUUGUCUUUCUCUCUUUCUGUUACUCGGUUCACACAUCCAAAGCGAAAAUAAUCUCAUACAUGCACAUAAUCACAUUGAUCAACACGCGCGCGCGCGCACAUAUACGUACACGCCCACACACAAGCAUACACACACUCGUUAAGUAGUGCUUCUAAUCUUGAAUUCCUGCUGUUGCUCCGCGUGGAUAGAAAAAUAAUUAGAUAAUUAUUAAAACAUUUCGAUUAACUUCAUAGGACACAUUAAUUUUUUCACAUGCCAAUGAUAGUUUUCUUUUCUUCUUCUUCUUCUUUAUUAUAUUACAACUUGUUAACCAGGCAUUUCAAUCAAUGAGGCUGAGACGAUAGAACUAGCUCUGUUGACUCUCCCAGUUCACAUAAAGCUGAACAAGAGACAAACAUUCUAGUCUGUGUUAGUUACUUAUGACAAAAACCUGUAUGUAUGAUGACGCCUUUGUACGUGUAAACUACUGUAAAACUGUUAGGUUGAAAAUAUUUAUACAAAACGUAGUUCUGCUUUUAGCAAAUUGAUGUAGUAUUACAAUAAACAUGAAAUAAUU